CAAACAGAAGCUUGCGUGUUUCUCUGCCGCCAUGCUGGGGCUGCUGCGCCGAUGUCCGGCGUCGGUUGGGCGCCGGAGCUACUACGCCCUGCCGCCAAUGCAUCACGAAUGGAUAUCCGGGCACACGGAGCGCGCAGCAGUCGACUGCCCGCACCUGGCGCACAUCCAGAUGCAGCUCAUCACACCCAACUGUGCGCUCUGGACGGCGUCGAGCGAGGAGGCGGCCACGUACCCGUUCCCAGACCCGUUCUGGGCCUUUUGCUGGCCGGGUAGCUACGGCAUCUGCCGUUAUCUGCUUGAUGCACCGGCGGUCGUCGCCGGAAAGACGGUGCUCGACUUUGGCGCGGGCUGCGGCAUUGGCUCGAUCGUGGGCCUCGACCAAGGCGCGUCGCAGGCCAUUGUCAACGACAUAGACGAAUGGUCGUGCUCGGCGACGCACAUGAACUUGAUGCAACAUUACGCGGCUGACCGGAUGCCGCACGUGUACAUGGAGCCGCGGGACUUGGUCGGCACGCCGCUGCCAGACCUCCUGCGUCAGUAUAAGCUCGAGGAUGCCUCCCAACUCGUCGUGCUCGCCGGCGAUGUGUGCUACGAAGAAGGCUUAGCGCGCCGCGUCAUCGACUGGCUGCAUGGCCUCGCCUUGGCAAAUUCCACUGUGCUGGUGGGGGACCCCGGACGGCAGUUUCUUCCGCACCAGCGCCUCUCGCGCGUCGCCACGUACAAGCUGCCACCGAGUCUUGCCAAAGAUAACUAUGGCCAUGACGGCGCCGUCGUCUGGACUAUCGAGGCUUAGGAUGCGUCGUUGAUACAGUGUGUGUCGUGUUCGCCUGGCUUCAAUCUCGUCGAGUACACGUUGUGAGGGGUAGUAUUGACAGGAUCCACC